AUGGCCUCAGGAGGAUCAGGAUUCGCAUCAAGAACAACCCCGCUCUCAGCACUCGCACAGCCAUCGUCCUCAUCAACUUCCAAAUCAGAACCAACUACAACAACGGCAUCGUCGUCAUCAUCAACUGCCCCUUCGCUCGCUCAACUGGCCGCAAGCAGUAAUGCACCCCCUCGGAGGUCCCUUGCCAAUCUUGCUACCUCUUCUUCAUCCUCCCCAAGAGCAUCUCUUUCGUCACUAGCAACAGCAGGAGCAGGAGCAGGAGCAGGAGCGGGAGCGAGGACAGGGGGCUCGCCGUCGUUGUCACAGUUGGCUGCCAGUUCUGGUGAGGGUGUUGGUACUACUGGGACAGGUGUUCCUCGGAGGUCGCUUGCCUCCCUUGCCCAGCAGACUACUACCACGACCGCGUCUCGCACAGCUGCUUCUGCAACACCAGGAAGAGGAUCGUCACUUUCACAACUUGCGAGUGGCAACGCACCACCUCGGCGGUCCCUCGUCGGACUUGCAUCUUCUUCCUCGGCAGCAGUAGCGGCCAAGACCAACAAUGCCGCGACCGAACCAUCAGCGAUACUUUCACAAGCCCAACUGGGAUCACAGCCAUCGGGAUCUCCUACUACUACGACGACUACUGGUUCAAGUCUGGGACGUCCAGGAACUGCGGGGUUGACGUUACGUUCUGGUGGAGGGCUUGCGGGGCUUUCGAGAGCUGGCGCUGGUGGUUCAGGCGUGGGGCUACGGAAAGAUGCGGUGAAUAGCUCUACCGCGUCAUCUCCUUCGCUCGCUGAUUUGGCUGCUGGAGGAGGACAGCUGGGUACGAGUUCACUUUCAGGAUUGGCAGGAACCAAGGCUUCGAGCACGCCGGGCGGAAUAAAGUCAUCUGCCGGUAGUGGGUCGAGGAUGGUUGGUUUCGAUGGUUCGACAAAUACCAGGAUACCACUGAGAUCUUCCGCAUCUGAACAGGAAGAACACAAUGCGGCGGCGACAACUACAACCUCUCCCCAAAAGACGACCUUGUUAUCGGCGGAGGAAGCGUCGGAUCCAAGACUGAUGAACGUAGAGAUGGUCGUAGAGUUGGUCGACUACCCUUAUGACGCCUCUGUGUUUUCAGGGUCGGACCCGAUGGCGGCAUUCUCGUCGCUGAUUGCACCUCCUUCGCAUUUUGCCAUAUCGAUCUUUGAGAAGCUGGAUCCUGCACCUUCGCCGGUGGCAAGGGCGAGGGCUAGGGAAUUGCAGGAUGAUCCUGCGAUUCGGUAUGGUGGGUAUUCUGUUGGUGGAGGUGGAGGAGGAGGAGGAGGUGUAGGGGUGUUUGCGUUUGAUGUGCCGAGUCCGGAUGAUGCUGUGUUCAAGGCUCAAGGACAUCGACCUGCUGCCACACGGACAUAG